AUGGGGGACAUCGACGAUGGCGAGGUGUAUGCAGCGAUGAGUGUGGGGCCGGAUGCAGUGCCUCAUCGCCGGUCCCGACUGCGCCUACGGCAGCUAAACGAAGACGAGGAAGAGGCUGCGGGCAAGUUGGUGGAGCGGCUAGCAGCGAGGCUAGCUGCCAAGAUAACGGACGCUGAUGACUGGGAGGAGGCGGAGGGCUACAUCACAGCCCUCCCGUAUGCGCUGUACGAUCAACUGCAGCCUUACUCCCAGACACAGCACCCCGCCCAACCUCACUCCCAGCGCCCGCAGCUGCACCAUCCAGACGUGCGUCCUGCCAGGCGACCGGAGCCACACCAAGGUCCAGCGCAGGCCGUGACGCUAGACGGUCAGCGCCAAGGUGGCAGCCGUUCACGUCGUCGCCGUGGUCACUCCGGUGGUGGCAUGGGGCGCCGGCGCACACGUCCGCCCCGUGUGACACGUCAUCACCGUGAGCACCGGCUUGACGAGGCUCUGGACGCCAUGCAUGCUGUCCAGCGUAGCGAGCCGGGCAACCGCAAGGUUGUUGCCAAGGCACGUCGUCGUGUGGGGAGGAUCAACUCCUCCAUUUCACAGCAACGCCUCCGCCACCUCUUCGAGACUUCGGAGAAGGUGUGUGUUGAGAGCAUCCUGGCGACGGCUCGGUCCAAGCGCGAGGCAGAUGAGGCUGCGGCUACGCCAGCCAGCACCUCUGCGCCUCCGCCGGACUGUGUGGACGUGGAGGAAGGCACCUGCCCCAUUCCAGGGGAGAGCCUGCACCGGUUCUUUACCGAGGUGAACACCCCGGUGGGUGCCUUCGACCCUAUGGCGCCAGUCGGAGCCUCGUUCCGCGCGGCCAUGGACCGCCUGCCUCCAGCGACAGUUGACAUGGCGCUGCUCACGGAUGGGCCGUCUUCGCAUGAGAUCGAGGACCAAGUGCAGCGUGCGCGUGGCAGUUCCAGCCCUGGCUUGGACGGUGUCGGCUAUGACAUCUUCAAGCUGUUCACGGCCCAGCUUCUGCCCGCCCUGCAUGCGGCGUUCGCGCGCUGCUGGCAGUCCAAGCGUGUGCCGCAGAGCUGGAAGGUUGGCGUGGUGCGCCUGCUGCACAAGAAGGGCGAUCGGCUCGACCCAUCCAAUUGGCGGCCGAUCUGCUUGCAGCAGGCCAUCUACAAGUUGUACGCCGGCGUCUUGUCGCGUCGCUUUACGCGCUGGCUCGACGUCAACGGUCGCCAUGCCGACGCGCAGAAGGGCUUUCGAGCCAUGAACGGCUGCGGGGAACACAACUUCCUCGCAGCCAUGCUCGUCGACCAAGCCCGCCGCAAGCAUCAAGAGUUGCAUGUCGUGUGGUACGACUUUGCCAACGCUUUUGGUAGCGUGCCACACGACUUGCUAUGGGAAGCGCUACAACGGCAGGGUGUUCCGCCCGAGUUUGUCGCUUGUUGCCGUGGUCUCUACGCAGACGCAGCGUUUACAAUUGGUAACGCUGUGGAUGGGACCACGGCACCGAUCGCGUUGAAGGUGGGGGUGUUUCAAGGCUGCCCACUCAGCCCCCAUCUCUUCACCGCCGCGAUCGCCCCGCUGCUUCACGCGCUCAAGUCGCUGCCGGACACUGGAGUGAAGCUGUCAAGCGAAGACCGUCCCGGUGCUGCUGCUUACGCAGACGACUUGAAGACAUUCAGCAGCACCGUGGACGGUUUCCAGCGUCAACAUUCGGUGGUGCAAGACUUCCUACGCUGGACUGGCAUGAAGGCUAACUCGCUGAAGUGCAGCACCAUGUCAGUCCAGCGAGAUGUGCGUGGUCUCCACCAGACCAGCGACCUCGGGCUGCAGCUGAACGGCACCCCGAUCCCCGCGCUCAGCGCCUCCGACUCUUACCAGUACUUGGGGAUCGGGGAUGGCUUCGACCAUGUGCGCCGUCGCGUCGAGCUGGGCCCAGCUAUCGCCCAGCUCAAGCAUGAUGCGACGGCACUGCUGCAGUCCGGGCUGGCGCCGUGGCAGGUGGUCAAGGCGGUCAAGGUGUACCUUUACCCGCGCGUCGAGUACGCCCUCCGGCACUUGCGACCGUUCGCACAGCAGCUGGAGGGCUUCGAUCGCCACCUUGUUCGCGGUCUCCGCCACCUGCUGCGGCUGCCGACUAGCGCUACGACAGCGUUUCUUUACGCUCCUGUUUCUCGUGGAGGUUUGGGGCUUCUGCCCUUGACGGAGCUGCACGGGGCACUUCAAGUGGCGCAUGGGUGGCAGAUGUUGCACUCUUCUGACCCUGCCACCCAGCGCAUUGCCCGCCAGCAGCUCCGUCAAAUUGCAGAGGCCCGCUACAAGUUGGAUGUCGUGCUGUGGAAGGACCGUGAGGAGGAGCUGGGCGAGCUCCUUCUCAACAGUAAGCUGGGGGCGUCGGACCCAGCGCCGCCCAAGCGACGGAAUGCGGACAUUGGGUCGCUGUGGUUCGACGUCCGGGGUCACCUUCACCGCUUCGGCCUCAAGUUUGAGAUGGUGCCAGCGGUGGAGGAGACAGGGACGCCGGCCAAGAGGUUGCAGCUUCGCGUGCCCCACCACGACGGUUGGUUGGACCAUAGGGAUGUCCUUCGGCACGUGAAGCUGCACCUCAAGAACAAGCACUGGAAGCGAUGGGCCGCGAUGACGGACCAAGGCAAGGCUGCUCGCACCCUUGGUGGUGCUGGCAGCGCCUUCCUCUCGCGGCCCCGUGGGCUUUGGGAGAGCGACUACCGCUUUGCGGUGGGUGGUCGUCUCAACCAGCCCGACACCCACAGUGUCUUGAAGCGCCGGCGUCUUCGGACGCACGACAAGUGUCGAUUCCCUGGCUGCUCAAGGACCGAGACGCUGGCACAUGUGUUGAAUCACUGUGCCGGCACCAUGGAUGCAGUCCGCACCCGCCACGACGACGCUCUGACGAUCAUUGAACGGGCGAUAGCGUCGUCGGCGGGUGAUCGGAAGGAAAGGGUUGAUCUGAGGGUUAACCAAACCGUACCCUCGCUCCCCGGACCUGCUCUGCGGCCGGACUUGCAGGUCUACAACCACACCACACGUUCGGUGUCGGUUGUAGAUCUGGCUGUGGCCUUUGAAGACCAAGCUACAGACGACCCGAGGACGUCGUCGCUCGCGCGGAUUGCUGCGCUCAAGCGCGCCAAGUACGACUGCGUCAAGCGACACCUAGAGCGUCAAGGUUGGACGGUCCACCUUUCAGCGCUCGUCUAUGGUUCGCUUGGCGCAGUCGCCGGUGGUAACCUUGCGGUUUACACCGAUCACCUUGGUGUGCUGAAGCGUGAUGCGAAGCGGCUGGACAAGCAACUUUCUGCUGAGUGCAUUAAGUCCAGCCGCCGCAUAUGGAAUUUGCACUGCGGCCAGCACCGCGAGCGACAGAAUGGUCACGAUCAAGCUCAAGGUCCAAGUCAAGCCCACGUUCAUGGCCGAAGACAUGGACGCUCAAGACAAGAUGCAAGGGGCAGUCGGGUGACGGAGACCGGGGGGACUCCGUCCCAUCGAGGCCGCCGCUAA